GCAGAACUUCGCAUAUAUAGUUACAGAGGAAUUAAUGUGGCUGGUUAUAUUAUUCUGUGUCCAAGAAUUCCCUAAAUUCAGGGAUAAAAAGAAUAAAUCUGCAAGUUGUGAUUGGAGGCCCACUGAGACAUCACGUGGUUUGGGUCGCUGACAGUAUAAACCCUUGGAGACGGUUGCGCACGUGGGUGACGCUGCAGGGCCAACCCUCCUCGGGGUCCCUUUUGUUGAACCAUCAAACAUAAGCACCUUUGGAGAUCCCGAGGGGUUCAGAUGAGAAACAGCCAUCAUCCUAUUCACGGAGAGACCACUUACCAGCGGCACAGCCAUGUCGAGGUCUUUUUACGUUGAUUCUUUAAUAAUCAAGGAUACAGCGCGACCUGGACCAGCUGAGCAUCCAGGACAAGACUUCCUUAUUCCCAUCAGCAUGCACUCUCCCAGCGUAAUGACGGUCACCGCUCCGGUGUGCCCAUCCAGGAAAAAUGGGACUUUCUGUGUUUGCCCGCUGUGCGUCACGUCCCACAUCCACUCUUCUCGCAGCGGCAUUCCCAUGCUAAAGAGUCAGUUUCCCGGAGCGGAGGCACAGUACUGUCAGAGAAUAGUGCAUCAGCAGUCUCCGGCACUCGCUCACCCGGGACAUACACCUGUCUGCACGCCCACCUUCAGCGUCACGGAUCCCAGGAGGUACCACUGUCUUUCUAUUGGCGCCUCCGAGAACAGCCACAUACAGAAUGGUAAGAGGAUGCGCACGGCUUUCACGAGUACGCAACUCCUGGAACUUGAGAGGGAGUUUUCCACAAACAUGUAUCUUUCGAGACUCAGAAGAAUUGAAAUCGCCACGUACUUGAACUUGUCAGAGAAGCAGGUGAAAAUCUGGUUUCAGAACCGCAGAGUGAAGCACAAGAAGGAGGGGAAAGCAACCCAGAGGAGCGCGCACAGCGGUUGCAAGUGCACAAGCGCUCACACAGACUAUUCAAGGUCAGAGGACGAGGAGUCUCUAUCUCCGGCCUCUGCCGAGGAAGAGAAAGAGGUGUCACCCAUCUGAGAGCAACACUCCCCACUUGCUCUGCCCUGCUACACUUCCGGGUUAUGGCACCACGCAACCUCUGCGUCAAAAACCUCCUGCAUGACGUCUGACAAGACUUGUUCUUCACUUCAAGUUUAUCCAACUUUUAAGAUUAAAUGUGUGAAUACAUGUUUUAACGCUGUCGUGAAAUGUUGGGACACCUGACCCACCGUGUAACGUAACACACUGAUGUAUUUUGAUCCCUAAAGGGUUCUCACCUCACAUACCCAAGUCUCGUUAAUUAGCCCCAGUAAAUGUUUUCAAUUAUCGCCAGAUGUCCCUUCACUGUCAGUGAGGUUGUGUGGUAAUCAAAGCCCUUAGAAACUGAAUAGGCCUAACCUGUGUGGAACCUGUACGCAACGAUUUGUAAAGUAUGUAUAUCUGUAUUUAUUGUAAUAAAACAUGAC